UUGAAUUUAUUUUCUCUUUUAUCAGUCUCAACUCUCGCAACUCAGUCUUCUUCUCUUCUCUGUCCCUGUCUUUAGCUUUGCUCUGUUCGCUCAAGUCUCUCUGAAUGCAUUGCUGCGCCAAAACCCUAAAUUUCAAAUCCCCAACUCCCUUCCACCAUGAACCUUUCUCGACCUUCCCCCAAAACCCUAAGCUGCCAUUCUCCAUUUCCCGGCCACUCCCUCGUUCCCAUUGUUCCGUCUUCAGCCGCGCCAAGUUAAGGGUCGAAAUUCCUCUCCCCAAACACAGCCUUAACCCUUACUCCAGUUCUCUUAACGGCUCCACCUCCGUCCACGAUGCCAACUCUAAGGGGGUCGCACUUAAAGCCGUCGACGUUUCCACGCUUGGCAACCUCUGCGUCGAUGUUGUCCUCAAUGUUCCUACUUUGCCCCCAGCCAAUAAGGAGGAUCGUAAAGCUUAUAUGGACCGUUUAGCAGCGUCGGAGCCCGAUAAGCGAUUCUGGGAAGCUGGUGGCAACUGCAAUGUUGCAAUAGCAGCUGCAAGACUCGGUUUAAACUGUGUUGCGAUUGGUCAUGUGGGUAAUGAAAUAUAUGGAAGGUUCCUCCUUGAUGUGCUUCGUAAUGAAGGAAUCGGAUUUGUUGGGGUGAACGAAGAUAAUGAUUUCCCUGAGAGUUCCGCUGCCUCACAUGAAACGCUUUUAUGCUGGGUUUUAGUGGAUUCUUUGCAAAGACAUGGCUUUUGCAGUCGAGCAGAUUUCAGUAAGGACCCUGCUUUUAGUUGGUUGGGAAUACUAUCUGCUGAGGUGAAAAUGGCCAUAAAAAACUCAAAAAUCUUAUUUUGCAAUGGUUAUGGCUUUGACGAGCUCCCACCUGGCAUAAUAGUCUCUGCACUAGAGUAUGCUAUUGAAGUUGGAACGGCAAUAUUUUUUGAUCCUGGACCUCGUGGAAAGAGUCUUUCUGCUGGAACACCGGAAGAACAGGACGCACUUAAUCAUCUUUUAACGAAGAGUGAUGUCAUUCUUCUUACCGCUGAUGAGGCUGAGACACUUACUGGCAUAGACAAUCCGAUAUUAGCUGGGCAGCAACUACUCAAGCAAGCAGUGCGGACAAAAUGGGUGAUUGUAAAAAUGGGUUCGAAGGGUUCAAUUUUGAUUACUACGUCAAGUAUAGCUUUUGUACCUGCAUUCAAGGUGGACGUUGUGGAUACAGUUGGUUGCGGAGAUAGUUUCGUCUCUGCUAUUGCAUUUGGUUUUAUAAACGGUUUGCCAAUGGUUAAUACAUUGUCAAUUGCAAACGCAGUUGGUGCUGCAACUGCUAUGGGUUGUGGCGCUGGUAGGAAUGUUGCAAGCUUGGAGAAAGUAGUACAACUAAUGAGGGAAUCAAAUUUCAACUACGACGACAUGUUUUGGGAGGAAUUGUUUGAUGUAAAUUUGGACGUACAGGAAGUUACAAUUCUUUCAAAAAUGGCUACAAAGGGAAGCAACAAUAGGCUGAUUUGUGUUUCCUCUGAAAGUGUUGUCUCUGAAUUGCUUCCUAUAUUUGAACCUCAACUGUUAGAGGGUAAAAGUUCCAUCUUGAAGGAGCAGAUGGAAGUACAAUAAAUUCUGGUCUUCUAGCAACCUACAUGCACAUUUUUGAUAGCUCAGCUGUGAUUGCUCUGUUGAGCCGAUACAUGAGAUAGUCAACACUUAUUGGAUGGUUUAAAUACAAAGUCAACAUCAACAUUUUUAGGGGGUGGGGGGUGGAAAGCAUUGGUUUAGAGGUGGCGAUGGCGGUUUUACUUGGUUUUUUCAGCUGAUAGUUUUGUUUUGGUACUUCUUGGAGCCAUGCCAUAGAGCUUCUUCUAACUGGGUUCUGGCAUGCGACCUUUUCCAAUUGCUACAUGAAGUUACAUUCUUUGCACCAUAACCACCUUGUUGGUGUAGACUAUUAUUCUUUGCGUAAGCAUUGCUAUAUGGUAUGUUGUUGUAUAAAGGAAAGUAGUUUUGCUAAAGGGUUUUGCCUUUUUCAACUGAUCAAGGAAAUGAAGAAAAUGGCUUCAUCUACUUCUCAUAUUAAACCUGUGAUGACAUUUUGACCCUAAUGCUAAUAGAUUAACCAAAUAAGCAAAUAUUAUUCCA